AUGGAGGCAGGGGGCUGUCGCUACCAGUUUCGGAUCGCGCUGCUGGGAGACGCGGCCGUGGGCAAGACGUCGCUGCUGCGGUGCUACAUGAGGGGUGAGCCCGGGAUCCCCGAGACCGAGCUACAGCUCGAGUCGGCGCCCACGGUGGGCGUCGAGUUCUAUACCCGCACUGUGCAGCUUCAGGCCGGGCCGCGCGUCAAGCUGCAGCUCUGGGACACGGCGGGCCAGGAGCGCUUCAGGUGCAUCACCAGGUCCUUUUACCGGAAUGUGGUGGGUGUCCUGCUGGUCUUUGAUGUGACAAACAGGAAGUCCUUUGAGCACAUUCGAGACUGGCAUCAGGAGGUCAUGGCCACUCAGGGCCCCGACAAGGCGAUCUUCCUGCUAAUUGGCCACAAGAGUGACCUGCAGAGUGCCCGUUGUGUCUCAACCCAGGAGGCGGAGGAGCUGGCUGCCUCCUUGGGCACAGGCUUUAUGGAGACCUCCACCAAAAGUAACUGCAAUGUGGACCUGGCCUUCGACACCCUUGCCAACACCAUCCAGCAGGCCUUGUGGCAGGGGGACAUCAAACUGGAGGAGGACUGGGGGGGUGUGCGUCUCAUCCAGAACACCCAGAGCUCCAGACUGCCCAGCAGGAUACAGCACCCGGGCCCAUGCAGGUGUUGA